AUGGAAAUAACAUUUUCUGAACUUGGAUUGACACUUAAAGAGUUUGUUUUAAGCUAUCAACAUAGAGUUAUUCUGCAUAAUUCUGUUUUAAUUGAAAAGGUAAAAUUAUUAGCAACAGGAUUAGGUGAAGUAGCAUCAGCAAAUGAAGUUUCUAUUGAAGAGACACUUCCAUUAUUACAAAAUAAAUACGUAGAUUAUUCUCCUGAAUGA